CUUGUUUAUCGUCGCCAUAGCAACGCGCUCGGCAGGCACAGAGCCGCCAUCUUGUUUACCCGUCUCCACAGCAACCGGUGCGGCCAUGGCGGGCCCGGGGCGGCUGGAGGAGCUGGAGCUGAGCUCCGAGGAAGCGGAGCGGCUGCAGCGGGCCUUCCGCGACGAGCGGUUCCGGGCGCUGUUCGCCGAGUAUGCGGCGGAGCUGGCCGACCCGGAGCAGCGGCGGCUGUACGAGGAGGAGGUGACGGCUCUGGAGCGGGAGCGCGGCGUGGAGGUGCGCUUCAUCCACCCGACGCCGGGCUACGUGCUGCGCACCAGCCAGCCCGCCGCUGCCGCGUGCCCUCCCUUCCGGUGCCGCCAGGACGAGGCCUCCCUCACCCUGCUCCUGCUGGUGCCCGACAUCCAGCCCCAGAGCCUCAGCGGGGAGGUGGCCGCCAACCGCUACAGCGUCCGCUUCUCCAGCGGUGCCGUUUCCUAUGCCCUCAUCCUGCAGUUCCCCGCCGCCAAUAGGCUGGCUGCCCCCGAGAGCAGCGUCAGCGUGGGCGCCCAUAACGCUGCCAUCCUGCUUGCCAAGGCCGCGGAGAGCACCGGGCUUUGGGAGAAGUACUGCUUCGGCCUCGACGCCUCUGCUCUGCAGGAGAGGUUAUUUGUCAGUGAAGAAAACGUUGAUGGAUUCCUACGCACUGUUCUGUGCCCCUCCUCGUGCACGCAGUCGGACCUGGAAGCUCAGACGUUAAUUGAGGUGCUCGAUGUGUCUGAGGACAGAAGUCAGAUCAGGCUGAAGCCGCAGGAAGCAGCCUGUUCUGAACGUGAUGAAACCAACCAAGCAGUGAGCAGCUCAGGAGGAGACGUCGCUGCGAAGAACAACGGGGACCACCUCCAAACAGAGCCAGAGCCAGAGCCAGAGCGUACCGCCUCUGACACGGCUGAGGAACGGCCUACAGAAAGCCAGCGAGCUGCCACAUCUUUUUUAACAACUGAAACAAUAGGAGAAGUGGAUGGAAGUUCACAGCAUUGUUUGCAGCAGGAACCUUCUGACACCGGUGCAGCGCUUCCUGGCAAACCUGGGGGAAAAGAGCGAGCUUUAGAUGAGGCAUUUGCGGGCCUGGGGCUGGAGGGGGGUCGGGCAGGGGGAGCGGGGAGCCCAGCUGCAUCCCCAAUCCUGCAGGAGGUGGGUGAGGAUGGGAGUGUGCAGAGCAUUACAGAUCACAGCACACACUGCAGCAUCGCCUUCCAGAACUCCGUGCUGUAUGAACUGGACUAGCAGGGCCACGCCAGCAUUUCCUCCUCGUGUUUGACUGUGGUUUAUGGCUGCAGGGCUGAAAGCAGAACCGGGUUCCUUCUGAAACUUUAAUCUGUCAACGAAGAACACUUAAGCCAUUAAUACUUUCUGAAGUUAAUAGGUCUAAGUUUCCUUUAAUCAUACGUAUGGGUUGAAAUAAUUUCACUGACAGGAACGAUGCAGCUGAAGCUCUGCGCUCCUGGAAGACAGUGCCUCUUUAUUGUUUAUGUAACUUUCUUAAUCUGUUGCCAAAUUACACAGAGUAGUUGUAUAUCCUUCUUCUAAUGGCUCCCUCAGGAGCCGCUGUAUUUAGUCCACCUAGAAAUGAGCAGUGUUCAUCAUUUGCUCAAACCCUUCAUUUUGUGAUAACUGCAGGAUUAGGCAGCCGCCGAGUUCUAGCAAUCAAAUGAAAUUCCUAAUUACACGGAGAAGUUCUAAUUAGUCUCCUAGAAAUAAUUAGCAUUUAUACCACAUAUUCUGCCCUAGUACAUGUUUUCAGUGAUGCAGCAUCCAAGCACAGCCCCGUCUCUCAGCUGAACAAACACAACCGUGCAAUAAAACCAUCCUGUCUCGUGGCCGUCUGCUCAGUGCGGGCGACUUCUGGAACUGAUUCCCUUCACCCAGAUGCGCUGUUGAGAAGCAGCUCUAUGAGAGCUGCAGCACGCUGCGGGCUCCUCCUCUCUGAAGUGCAAUAACCAGGAGAACAUAUCUACAGUAAACUUUCAAUUCCCAUUCUGA